ACCCCCAACCUACCAUCCAUUGCUCUCCACAAAUGCCGCCAGAUAACUGCAAGUCUUCAGUAGUAUAGGGAGAUACAGAGAGAGAAAUCGAGGGAGAAGACGAAAGAGAUCGGAAACCGCCUCGCGGUUGCGGCGUUCUCUACCUCUAGGCGGCGGCGGCGGCAUGGGGAGAGGCAAGGUGCAGCUGAAGAGGAUAGAGAACAAGAUCAACCGGCAAGUAACGUUCUCCAAGCGGCGAUCGGGGCUGUUGAAGAAGGCCAAUGAGAUCUCCGUUCUGUGCGACGCCGACGUCGGCGUCAUCGUCUUCUCCACCAAAGGCAAGCUCUUCCAGUACGCUUCUGAUUCGCGCAUGGAAAGAAUACUUGCAAGAUACGAACGAUGCUCGUAUGUGGAGAGUUUGCCUAAUCCAACUGAUCAAGAAUCACAGUGUAAUUGGAGUCUGGAAUAUGCAAAGUUGAAGGCAAGGAUUGAGUUUUUAGAGAAAAGUAAAAGGCAUUAUAUGGGAGAGGAUUUAGAUUCUUUAAGCUUCAGAGAACUUCAGAAUCUGGAACACCAAAUCGAUUCAUCCAUUAAACAUAUUCGGUCGAAAAAGAAUCAACUCAUGCUGGAGUCUAUUUCCGAGCUGCAGAAAAAGGACAGAGCAUUGAAGGAUGAAAACAAUAAAAAUCAAACACAGAUCAAAGAGAGAGAGAAAGAGAUGGCUGAACAGCCUAACUUGGAGCAACAGGAGAAACAAGACACCAACUCCUCGUCUUCCUAUGUUGCAUUACAGCCCGUCAAUUCCUUCAACCUCGGGGAAACGUAUGAGAUCGCAGGAGAGGGCCGAGAAAUUGAGGAUGCUCAGCUGCCGCCGCCCAACAUUGUAAUGCCGCAAUGGCUGCUUCCCCAUCUUACCGGCGGCUGAUAAAGCUGCCA